AUGCCUCAAGUAAAUGACACGAUGACUUUGAUGGAAGUCACAUUUGACUCCAUCAAGAAAACUGUGUUAAAAGGAACUGAUCCGAUGAUCAUGAGCAACAUGACGACAUUGAUGGAAACGCUACGGUCGCAUUGUGAUAUUCCGCUAGUGCAAACUUUUGCUAAACUCACUCUGGAAUCCGCUUGGAACCUUCCGAGCUCUUAUAAUGCAUCAAAUAUUUCUCAUGGGCCGUCCCUUCCAUUUUUUAUCAUUCCAAUAUUGACAAUCAUUUUCAUCAUCGUGGGCUGUGUUGGACUUGUUGGUAAUCUGCUGACAGUUGUUGUAAUAUGCAAGACGGCUUCAUUACAUUCUCAUACCAAUUAUUUCUUGGCGUCAUUGGCGAUUAGCGAUCUUCUCCUCAUUGUGAUUGGAGUUUCGUUUGAUCUUAUCAAUAUCUGGAGAAAUGGCAAUCCUCCUCCAAUAAAUGGAUAUUGUGCUUUCACAAGCACUUGCAUUUCCUUGUUCACAUUUGCAUCGAUCUUAACGAUUGUUUCUUUGACUGCGGAAAGAUUCCAAGCAAUUUGUUAUCCAUUCAAUCACCGAGCUUUAUUUGAUGGAAGAAAAGUCAUGUGGCUUAUUUAUCUCAUCUGGAUAAUUGCAACUAUUCCUUCUGUUUACAUCGGACUAAUGUUCAAGAGAGUCUUGCCCGAUUUUUGCGGAUUCAAACACCCCAUGGAACAUUUCGGAACAUGUGAUUUAGUAACUGGACCCGACGCUCCUUUGCCAUACUCAUUUGAACUCACAAUGAUCAUCACCUUCGUGUUGCCGCUUAUUUUUAUCAUCUAUUGCUACAUAAGAAUACUAGCUACGUUGAAUGAGAUGUCCGCCACAACAACCGUCCAUACUCCUGUUGGAACCAGUAAUAGUGAUAGCAUCCAGUUCCCCAGAUUAACUGCAACUUCCUCCCAAAACCAAAGCUUCCCGUUAACAAUCCAUACUCGCAACUUCCAACCACCAAGAAGCCAACAAGCGCACAAAAUGGUCAUCAAAAUGCUAGUUACUGUAACGUCGGUGUUUUUCAUAUGCUACUUGCCGCAUCAUAUCCAGCGCCUAAUAGUCCAAUACAAUAAAACUGUGUGUGAUUCCUCGCAAUUCUGUUUAUUCCUUUACCCAAUCACUGGUCUCCUUCAAUAUGUUUCUGCUGCGUUGAAUCCGAUUUUCUAUAAUCUAAUGUCGGUUCGAUUCCGCACUGCAUUCAACAAAUUCAUUAAGGACGUUCUUUCGAAAUCCGAUAAAGAGUACAGCACAUUGGCACGACUCUAA